AUGGGACAAAAUAAAACGAAUGGCACAGAAUACUUCAUUAAAACGGAUAACAAGAUAUGUAGUACGUUUGAUACUUUGAGGAAAUUUUUUCCUGAUGAAUUGGAUUCUGGAGAAUAUAAUUUUAAAGCUGCAAAAUACAAAGACUAUUUUUCUAAAUCAGAAUAUACCGAUAUCGAUAAAAUUAAUGGUUAUUUCUUAUGGUUACUCAAUAAUAUUUUAAAAAAAAUAUACAUUUGUGGGUCUAAAGAAAAUUGUAUUAACGUGGUUGUUGUAUACACUUUUGGAUGGUUAAGUUAUAAGUUAAAUCAAAAAACAAAAAAUGGAAUCACUAAAUUAAACGAGUUUUAUAGUAAGUAUAUGGAAAAUGCCAAUGAGUAUAAACAGCCUAUAGAUGGAGUUAAAGAAUAUACAAAUUAUAUUGAUUUUAUAAAUAAAAAUAAGAAAUUGAUGGAUAUUGAUAUUAAAGCUAUGUCUAAAUUUUAUAAUUUAUUUCAUAAUUUGUGUAAAAUGUAUAAUGAGCUUUCAAAUGCGAGGAAAGAUAGCAACAAAUAUUUAGAAUAUGUUAAGAAUUUUGCUGAAAAAUAUAAUUCUCUUUUUAAUGAAACUUUUAAUGAUACUAACGAUAGUUUAUUUAAACAAGUACUGUCUAUUACAUCAAACGAUUAUAAUUAUAUAAAAAGUAAAUUGUCUGAAGAAUAUAUAAGGAAUCAAUUUCCAGAACUUACAAAGGAAAAAAAAGCACAGGUUUCUGAAUCAAGUCCUAAAGGAACACAAAUGGAUGACUCCUCGAGUGAAACAUCAAAAGAAAUUUCUGAAAGUAAAGUACCAGAUUCUGAAACUAAAAUACCAGGUUCUGAAACUAGAGUAACAGAUUCUGAAACGACGCUAUCGAGUUCAUUAAUAAUAAACAAACUAAUUUCAAUUCCAUUUAUAUUGGUUAUAACAUUAAUUUUAUUAGGAAUUGCAUAUAAGUAUUCGUUGUUUGGAUUUCGGAAACGAUCUCAAAAACAACAUUUCAGAGAAAAGAUAAAAAAAUAA